CCGGCUUCGGCGUUGGGCAGGGGCUCGCGCCCGCGGUUGCCGUAGCAGCGGCGGGAGCGGCGGCUGGAGACGAGGCCGGGGCGGGGGGUCGCUAGCGGGCCCAUGGCCGAGGUGCACCUCAUCGGGCAGAUCGUGGGAGCCAGCGGCUUCCCCAGCAGCAGCCUCUUCUGCAAGUGGGGAAUCCACACAGGUGGCGCCUGGAAGCUGCUCUCCGGCCUGCGGGAGGGGCAGACGCAGGUGGAUCACCCCCAGCUGGGCGAUGUGGCCUACUGGUCCCACCCCAUCGACGUGCACUUUGCCACCAAGGGGCUGCAGGGCUGGCCCAAGCUGCACGUGCAGGUCUGGCACCAGGACCCCUUCGGGCGCAGGGAGCUCUACGGCUACGGCUUCUGCCACGUGCCGUGCAGCCCGGGCUGGCAUGCGCUGGCCUGCGUCACCUGGCAGCCCCUGGGCUCGUGGCAGGAGCGGCUCUCCCAGCUCUUUGUGGGCGGGGGGCCCCAGCUGCUGAACAGCGACCUGAUCUACACGGGGGCCGACCGGUACCGCCUGCAGACCGUCGCCGCGGGCACCGUGCACCUGGAGCUGGGCGUGCUGCUGCGCCACUUCGCCCGCUACGGGGUGGAGUGCUAGGGAGCGGGCAGGCCCCCGCCGCGGGCUGGGUGCUGUACGGACCCCCCGCUGUGGGGCGAGUCUCUAGGGAGCGGGCAGGCCCCCGCCGCGGGCUGGGUGCUGUACGGACCCCCCCCGCUGUGGGGCGGGGCUCUAGGGAGCGGGCAGGCCCCCGCCGCGGGCUGGGUGCUGUACGGACCCCCCCGCUGUGGGGCGGGGCUCUAGGGAGCGGGCAGGCCCCCGCCGCGGGCUGGGUGCUGUACGGACCCCCCGCUGUGGGGCGAGUCUCUAGGGAGCGGGCAGGCCCCCGCCGCGGGCUGGGUGCUGUACGG